AUGAAACAUUUGAAAAGAUUGGACAUUGCUUCAAGUGAUAUUGGAAAUGAACAAGUUAAAAUACUAUCUCAAUUUAAAAAUUUGGAAUUAUUAAAUUUAGGGGAUAAUCAUAUAAAAGAUGAAGGGUUGGAAUUGUUGAGUGAUUUGAAAGGUUUAACAUUGUUGAAUAUUAGAAAUAAUAGAAUUGAAAGUGUAGAAUCAAUUUGUAAAAUGAAAAAUUUAACACAUCUUAAUAUUAAAAAGAAUAGAAUUGGAGAUUUGGGAAUUGAGGAAAUUGCAGAAAAUUUAAAUCAUUUGAUAUAUCUCAAUGUUAGUGGUUGUGGUAUUACCUCUUGCAAGCCGAUUAGUGAAAAAUUACAAUAUUUAAAAUCGCUCAAUAUUAAUAGAAAUAAUCUCGGAUCUAAAGGAGCACAAAAUGUUGCUGAAAUGAAACAAUUGACAUGCCUUUCCAUUGGAAAUAAUCAUAUUCAUGCUAAAGGUGCCUUAUAUAUUAGUAGACUUGAAAAAUUAACUGCACUUUGCAUUAAUGGAAAUAGAAUUGGUGAUGUUGGUGCGGAGUAUAUUAUCAAAAUGAAACAAUUAACCUUUCUGGAUAUGCAAUAUAAUCAAAUUGAGAAUGUAAUGGUAGAAAGUAGUGAAAUUACAAAUUUAACAUACCUUAAUUUAGGAUAUAACAAAAUUACCACGAAUGGAUUGGUUUCCAUCACCAAAUUAGAUCAAUUGAAAUCACUGUACCUACACUAUAAUUAUUAUUUGGAUCCCAAUUUACUUGAAAGAAUGAAACAUUUGAAAAAACUUGACAUUUCGAAAAAUUUUACUCAAAAUGAAUUCAAAUCAAUCUGUGAAAUGACACAUUUGACAUCAUUAAUUGUCCCACGAAAUUCCAUAAACAAAACUGGAAUUCAAUCAAUUACAGAGUUAAAGCAUUUAACUGAACUUGAUAUUGAAAACAACGAAAUUGGAACAACAGGUGCCGAAAAGAUAAGCGAGAUGAAACAUUUACUAAUUCUCAAGAUUGACUAUAAUAAUAUUUGUUCAGAAGGGGCUCGAUUUAUCAGUCAAUUACCCAAUUUAACUGCUCUUUCGAUUGGCGCUAAUAAUAUUCGAACUGUAGGAGCUAAAUAUAUUGGUCAGAUGAGCCAAUUAACUGAACUGCGCAUUUACAGCGAUUAUGAAAUUGGAGAUGAAGGAGUUAAGGCUAUUAGUCGACUAACUCGUCUCACAAAACUCCACAUUAAUGGCAUUGGAAUGACUGAUGAAGGAGCAAAAUCCAUACUUGCUUUGAAAAAUUUAACAUGGCUCUGUGCAUACUGGCCAAACCCCUAUGGUAACCAAGUUAGAAAUAUGCUUAGAAAAUUACCUGCCCUUCAACAAAUUUUUGUUUAA